AUGCUGCAUGACGGGCGGAGGCCGUCUCAAGUGACAGGGGCAGAGGACGAGGGAGCGAGGCUGCUCAGAGGCGAGGCCACAGGACGUGCGGGGAUGGGUACAAGAGAAGAAAGCGGCAUGAGCCCGAGACGAGAUCAGAAGCAGGACUCUAAGCGGGAGGAGGGCCGCCUAGAUGGAGCCGUGCUUGCUGCAAGGCAGAUCAGACUGAGCAUGAGCGGGUUGAUGCUCGUCGCUGGCACAGUGGCAAGGACGGCUGCAGCUCUUAGCAAGCGAGCGAGUAAGAGCACAACCAGCGGACGACUCCAAGCCUUGGCUGGAAGGGGCGACCACACAGAGGAGCAACAGUGA